GCUAAAGAUGGCGGCGCCCAGUGUGGCGGCGUGAAAGUUGUGGGAAGUUGCUGUCGCGGGUAUCGUGAGUCAGAAACGAGGGGAACCUGAGAGCCAUGUCGCGUCUGAUCGUGAAGAACCUCCCAAAUGGGAUGAAGGAGGAGCGAUUCCGGCAGCUGUUUGCCGCCUUUGGCACGCUGACCGACUGCAGCCUCAAGUUCACCAAAGACGGCAAGUUCCGAAAGUUUGGCUUCAUAGGUUUCAAGUCGGAGGAGGAGGCCCAGGCAGCACUGAACCAUUUCCACAGGAGCUUUAUAGACACGUCCCGGAUCACGGUAGAAUUCUGCAAGUCCUUUGGAGACCCGUCAAAGCCCCGAGCUUGGAGCAAACAUGCCCAGAAGCCAAGCCUGCCAUCGCAAGACUCAGUUCCCUCAGACACUAAAAAAGACAACAAGAAGAAAAAGGUGUCCAGUGACCUGGAGAAGCUAAAGAAAGAUGCCGAGUUCCAGGAGUUCCUGUCAGUUCAUCAGAAGAGGACCCAGGUGGUCACAUGGGCAAAUGACGCUUUGGAUUCUGACCUCCCGAAAAUGAAAACCAAGCCAUCAAGUGACUAUCUGAACUUCGACUCUGACUCCAAUUCCGACUCCGACUCUGGGCAGGAGAGUGAGGAGGAGCUAGCCCAAGAGGACCCUGGAGAGGAACAAGGCCUGCAGCCAAAGGCGGCAGUGCAGAAGGAGCUGUCAGACAUGGACUACUUGAAAUCCAAGAUGGUGCGGGCUGAGGUGUCCUCUGAGGAUGAGGACGAAGAGGACAGUGAAGACGAGGCGGUGAACUGUGAAGAAGGAAGUGAGGCUGAGGAUGAGGGGGACUCCCCUGCCUCCCCAGCCAAGCAAGCGGGUGUGAUCCGGGGAGCCGCGCCUGGAAGCCCGAGGCCCCAGGAAGCUGCUGGCAAGGUAGAGAAGCCAGCCAGCCAAAAGGAACCCACUACCCCCCACACUGUGAAGCUCCGGGGAGCCCCAUUCAAUGUCACUGAGAAAAAUGUCACGGAAUUCCUAGCUCCUCUGAAGCCAGUGGCCAUCCGGAUUGUGAGAAAUGCUCAUGGGAACAAGACAGGGUAUGUCUUUGUGGACCUCAGCAGUGAGGAAGAAGUCAAGAAAGCUCUGAAGUGCAACCGUGAAUACAUGGGUGGACGCUAUAUCGAGGUGUUCAGGGAAAAGCAGGCCCCCACUGUCCGUGUUCCCCCAAAGAGCACCACACCUUGGCAAGGCCGAACCCUCGGGGAGAAUGAGGAGGAGGAAGACCUGGCCGACUCUGGGAGGCUCUUUGUUCGGAACCUGUCCUACACCAGCUCCGAGGAGGACCUGGAGAAGCUGUUCUCUGCCUACGGUCCCCUGUCAGAACUCCACUACCCCAUUGACAGCCUGACCAAGAAGCCAAAGGGCUUUGCCUUUGUCACCUUCAUGUUCCCUGAGCACGCUGUGAAGGCCUAUGCUGAGGUAGAUGGGCAGGUAUUCCAGGGCAGGAUGCUCCACGUCCUACCUUCCACCAUCAAGAAAGAAGCCAGCCAGGAGGCCAACACCCCGGGAUCCUCCUACAAGAAGAAGAAGGAAGCCAUGGACAAAGCCAACAGCUCCAGCUGUCACAACUGGAACACGCUGUUUAUGGGGCCAAAUGCCGUGGCUGACGCCAUCGCACAGAAGUACAACGCCACCAAGAGCCAAGUGUUUGACCACGAGACCCAGGGCAGUGUGGCUGUGCGUGUGGCUCUGGGGGAGACCCAGCUGGUCCAGGAGGUCCGCAGCUUCCUUAUCGACAAUGGUGUCUGCCUGGACUCUUUCAGCCAGGCUGCAGCAGAACGGAGUAAGACUGUGAUCCUGGCUAAGAACCUCCCGGCAGGUACGCUGGCGGCAGAGCUACAGGAGAUCUUCAGCCGCUUCGGCAGCUUGGGCCGCGUGCUCCUGCCUGAAGGUGGCAUCACGGCCAUUGUCGAGUUCCUGGAGCCACUGGAGGCCCGCAAGGCUUUCAGGCACCUGGCCUAUUCCAAGUUCCACCAUGUCCCCCUGUACCUGGAGUGGGCUCCAAUUGGCGUCUUUGGCACAGCCCCCCAGAAGAAAGAUUCCCAACCUGAGCAGCCUGCAGAGAAAGCCGAGGCGGAACAGGAGACUGUACUAGACCCAGAAGGUGAAAAGGCUUCGGCUGAAGGAGCAGAGGCCUCCACAGGCAAAAUGGAAGAGGAGGAAGAAGAAGAGGAGGAAGAGGAAGAGGAGAGCAUCCCAGGGUGCACUUUGUUCAUUAAGAACCUUAACUUCAGCACCACAGAAGAGACACUGAAGGAAGUGUUUUCCAAAGUGGGAACUGUAAAGAGCUGCACCGUCUCCAAGAAGAAGAAUAAAACAGGAGCGCUCCUCUCAAUGGGGUUUGGGUUUGUGGAAUAUAAGAAGCCAGAACAGGCCCAGAAAGCCCUCAAGCAGCUCCAGGGUCACGUUGUGGACGGCCAUAAGCUGGAGGUGCGGAUCUCCGAACGGGCCACUAAGCCUGCCGUGACAUCCACUCGGAAGAAGCAGGUCCCCAAGAAGCAGACGACCUCCAAGAUCCUGGUGCGGAAUAUCCCCUUCCAGGCCAACCAGAGGGAGAUCCGGGAGCUUUUCAGCACCUUCGGGGAACUGAAGACAGUGCGCCUGCCAAAGAAGAUGACAGGGACAGGUGCUCACCGGGGUUUCGGCUUUGUGGACUUCAUCACCAAGCAGGAUGCGAAGAAAGCCUUCAGCGCUCUGUGUCACAGCACGCACUUGUAUGGCCGCAGGCUGGUUCUGGAGUGGGCAGACUCGGAGGUGACUGUGCAGGCCCUACGGAGGAAGACGGCCAGGCACUUCCAAGAGCCCCCGAAGAAAAAGCGGUCUGCGGUACUGGAUGGGAUCCUGGAGCAGCUGGAAGAUGCGGACGACGGUGGCAGCGAGCAAGCCCUCCAGCUGUGAGCCGGCACCGAGGGUGCAUGGCUGCAGGGCCCCGGGGCCGGGCGUUGCGAUACAGGAGGUCUCCAUGGGACAGGACCAAAGCAGACAAAAACCUGGGGCAAGUACCGGACGUGAGGACAACUUUUCUGCUGGCUCUGCACCGGUGGCGUGUUGAGCAGCUGCUGAGCUGGUUCCUGCACUGGGUAACACUUGGGAGGUGACUCCGUAAGGAGCUCAGGCCUGGCAGCGUCCUGUGGCGUGGCUGGCCAGACUCUGGGAUGGGUGACAGGGUGCACAGCCACUGUAGAGCUCCUGGCAGGAAUGAGUCGCUGUCUGGGCAGGGACCCGAAGCUCAGCCCUGUUCACCAGCCACCAGGCCCCACCCAGGCAGGUCCCGCAGCCCUGCUUUGCCCUCUACAGGACUGCUUGCCAAUGGACAGAGCUGGGGACUCUGCCUCAUCACCGGGGCCCCUUCCUAAUCCUCGUGAUGCACCCUUCCAAGCCCUGAAGUGCACUAGCACCGCUGACGGUCCUGGGAGCCCCACCGAGGCCUCACUGCACCAGAGGUUUCGAAAGGGGUCUCUGGCUGGACACCUAGCACAGCCUCUCCAUGAACGCGGAUGCACCAUCAGCCCGAGGAGGACACGGCACCAGUCAGGGAGCGAGGCCACAGCCCCAGACCCACCUCUCAAGCGAGAUGCUUAGGACUUAAAUCAUUUUGAGUUUGAGGGGUGUCUGUUCAGUGCAGGUCACCCAUCCAGCCAGGAAGACCUGAGGAGACACUACUCUCACCUUGGGGCUGUUGUCACCGAGGAUUGAAGAUACACUGGACAGGACUCAGAGCCCUGGGCUUUCAGACUUUAUGUGAGAGUCUUGGCCUAUGAAUUCUUUGUGGGGAUGAGGUCCUGCCUUCCAGAUUGGCUGGACCCCAGUUCCAGGUAGCUGGGACCAUGCCCUAUUGGUGGGGCAGGCAUUUUGUUACAAUUCAGGGGUGCUGAGGACUAAGCAGUAAAUGACAGAGCCUAGAAUUUCCCCUCCCUCUACCAUGAUGUCACUCUGUCACUCAGAUGGCGCCCUGCACCAGCCUCCACUAUGGUGAUGCACAGAGGGGUCAACUUGAUGCUUGCCACACACCCAUGCUAGACCGUGGGGAUCAGGAACCACAGCCCACGUCACUGUGGGUCAUUAGAAACUGACCCACGCACUCCUGGUGCACCCACGUGCCACAGCACCUCAGCCAGGACAGCCUAGGGCAGAAAGCCAUGGUCUGAUGCCAUCUUAAACUCCUCAGGUCAGAGCAGGGUCCACACCUGUGAUGCUUGGCAUGGGAUCCACUUGCCUAGGAUCUGACAACCUGUGCUCUGCCUGAUUGGCCUCUGAGACCUAGAGCUCUCCAGGUCCCAGCACCCAUGCCAGCCAGACAAGGUGGUACGCACCCAUAAUUUCAGAUCUUAUGGGGUAGAGACAAACAGAUCCUUAGAUGGAUGGACAGUGAGCCUAGCCAAUCAGGGACCCAGUGAACCUUUGGCUUCCACAUGUACCUCUUUCCAGUCCCCCGCCCCGUACCCCACUCUAUGUCACAUAUAUAAUCACACACACAUAAA